AUGUAUAAGAUCCAGAGUAGUGUGAUCAUAUCAACACUUUUGUGCUUGGAAAUUCGAGACGUUGAUAAACCAUUGAAAUCGCAACAUUUCCAACACUCUUUCAUCAAUCACGUAGGCUGUAACACGAAGAUGAAGAUUUUAUGGUUAGUCGCCUUUCUUUUCAUCUGUAAUUCACUGAAAAAAGUGAACGCAUCUAGUGCAGAAAACGUUGAAACUUGUCCACCCUUGGAUGAAUUGGUAAACUGCGCAGUGAAAAUUCUGGCUCCUCCCUGCAACGGUUCCGAUUCAGACUGUCCCGGAGAAAAGAAAUGUUGUGACAGUGGUUGCGGGGUGAAUGAAUGCCGCACGGCGAUUGUCCACUCUAAACGACCAGAUGUCGUAGAUAUCCACGAGAUUUGCUCGCAACCAAAAGACGGUGGUUACGGUGGCGGUUUCGAGGUGAGGUAUUUCUUUGACGAAAAAACCGGAGUCUGCGAUGGUUUUGUAUACCGUGGUAAAGGAGGAAACGGCAAUAAUUUUAUGAACUAUGAGCGUUGUUUUGAAUUCUGUUCAACCUCAGUCGACGUGUGUUCACUGCCAAAAAUCGUGGGAAGAUGUCGUGCCUCGUUUCCACGAUGGUACUACAACAGUACCGAGAAACGCUGCCAAAGGUUUACGUUUGGCGGAUGCGGGGGAAACGGAAACAAUUAUUUCACAAAAGCGGAAUGCCAGGAGACCUGCAGUGAGGAACACGAGCCCAAAGCAUCUUGUCGGGACUCCAACAAGUUUCAAUGUCGUUCGGUGAAAAAAUGCAUUCCUUCUGUCAUGAAAUGCAACGGUGUCGACAAUUGUGGGGAUAACAGCGACGAGGAGGAUUGCGAUCCAUGUCUUAACAAGGUAUGUGAAUACCAUGCAAAAUGCGUGAAGAUAGACGACAAUACGGCUACGUGUAAAUGCCCCCAGAUAUGUACAGAUGACUAUCGACCUGUUUGUGGUUCCGACAAUGUUAGUUACUCAAACUUAUGUAUGAUGCGACUCACUUCUUGCAAAACUAAGACUUUGAUUACGAAAGUCAAGGAUGGAGAAUGUGAUGCUGAAGGUAUGUUUAAAGAUCCAUGUCGUAAUAAGAAAUGUGAAAACUAUGCAACGUGCGUGACAAGUGACGACAACAAAGCCACGUGUGAAUGUCCCACGUUUUGUACAGCUGAAUGGCAGCCUGUUUGUGGGUCUGACAACGUUACCCAUCUCAACUUAUGUAUGAUGCAGGUCACCUCUUGUGAGAAUGAGACUUUGAUUACUAAAGUUAAAGAUGGAGAAUGCGACUCGAGCAAGAAGACGAGCAACAAGACGAAGUGCGAAAGACAACGUGAUUGGGCCAUCAAUAAUCCGUCAUUAUCCGCAGGCUUUGAACCCAAAUGUAACAUCGACGGAACUUACAAACGUUCUCAAUGCUACGGUUUUAAAGAAACCUGUUGGUGUGUGGAUAAAGAUGGAGUGGUGAUAGGUGAAACCACUAAGGGCGCAGAAGACCUUUGUGAUGAUCCAUCAGAAGUUUCAACAACGGAAAAACCAGACGUAGAGCUCGAAACUACAACACAAUUGCCUGAUAUCUUUGAAGUUGAAAAGAAGUCAAAAUGUGAAGAAGAAAGAGACGCUUUAUUAUCUGGCCCACCAUUGCUUGGACAGUUUGUACCACAGUGUGAAGAAGAUGGCAGCUACAGCAGUAAACAAUGUAGUCCAUCCACGGGCUACUGUUGGUGUGUUGACGGUGAAGGAGAUGAUAUUUUAGGAACAGAAACACGUUCAGGGGAUCUAAAUUGUAGUGAAGCAACGCAAUCAAAUCCAUGUGAUUCGGUGCAAUGUGAGUUUUAUGCAAUCUGCGUUCCUCAGGAGAACGGCGAACACUUAUGUGAAUGUCCACAAUUCUGCACCCGUGAAUAUAAUCCUGUAUGUGCGUCAGAUGGCAAGACGUACAGCAAUAAGUGCAAUAUGAAAGUCGAAUCAUGUAACACCCAAGAAAACCUUACAGUUGUAAAGUAUGGCCAAUGUGCCAAAGCGAAGUCCAAAUGUGAAAAAGAAAGAGAUGCUAAAUCAAAUGGCACGUUGUUGGUUGGAAGUUUUGUACCACAAUGUGAAGAAGAUGGUAGCUACAGUGACAAACAAUGUCAUCCAUCCACAGGCUACUGUUGGUGUGUUGACGGUGAAGGAGAGAAAAUUGUGGGAACAGAAACACGUGAAGAGGAAAUGAACUGUAGUGAAGGAACGCAAUCAAAUCCAUGUGAUUCGGUGCAAUGUGAUUUUUAUGCGACCUGCGUUCCUCAGGAGAACGGCGAACACUUAUGUGAAUGUCCACAAUUCUGCACCCGUGAAUAUAAUCCUGUUUGUGCGUCAGAUGGCAAGACGUACAGCAAUAAGUGCAAUAUGAAAGUCAAAUCAUGUAACACCCAAAAGAAACUUAUAGUUGUAAAGUAUGGCCAAUGUGACAAAGCAAAGUCCAAAUGUGAGAAAGAAAGAGAUGCUAAAUCAAAUGGCACGUUUUUGAUUGGAAGUUUUGUACCACAGUGUGAAGAAGAUGGUAGCUACAGUGACAAACAAUGUCAUCCAUCCACAGGCUACUGUUGGUGUGUUGACGGUGAAGGAGAAAAAAUUGUGGGAACAGAAACACGUGCAGAGGAAAUGGACUGUAGUGAAGCCAAAGCGAAGUCCAAAUGUGAAAAAGAAAGAGAUGCUAAAUCAAAUGACACGUUGUUGAUUGGAAGUUUUGUACCACAAUGUGAAGAAGAUGGUAGCUACAGUGACAAACAAUGUCAUCCAUCCACAGGCUACUGUUGGUGUGUUGACGGUGAAGGAGAGAAAAUUGUGGGAACAGAAGCACGUGCAGAGGAAAUGGACUGUAGUGAAGCCAAAGGGAAGUCCAAAUGUGAAAAAGAAAGAGAUGCUAAAUCAAAUGACACGUUGUUGAUUGGAAGUUUUGUACCACAAUGUGAACAAGACGGUAGCUACAGUGACAAACAAUGUCAUCCAUCCACAGGCUACUGUUGGUGUGUUGACGGUGAAGGAGAGAAAAUUGUGGGAACAGAAACACGUGCAGAGGAAAUAAACUGUAGUGAAGGAACGCAAUCAAAUCCAUGUGAUUCGGUGCAAUGUGAUUUUUAUGCGACCUGCGUUCCUCAGGAGAACGGCGAACACUUAUGUGAAUGUCCACAACUCUGCACCCUUGAAUAUAAUCCUGUAUGUGCGUCAGAUGGUCAGACGUACAGCAAUAAGUGCAAUAUGAAAGUUAAAUCAUGUAACACCCAAAAGAAACUAACAGUUGUAAAGUAUGGCCAAUGUGACCAAGCAAAGUCCAAAUGUGAAAAAGAAAGAGAUGCUAAAUCAAAUGACACGUUGUUGAUUGGAAGUUUUGUACCACAGUGUGAAGAAGAUGGUAGCUACAGUGACAAACAAUGCCAUCCAUCCACAGGCUACUGUUGGUGUGUUGACGGUGAAGGAGAGAAAAUUGUGGGAACAGAAACACGUGAAGAGGAAAUGAACUGUAGUGAAGCCAAAGCGAAGUCCAAAUGUGAAAAAGAAAGAGAUGCUAAAUCAAAUGGCACGUUGUUGAUUGGAAGUUUUGUACCACAAUGUGAAGAAGAUGGUAGCUACAGUGACGUACAAUGUCAUCCAUCCACAGGCUACUGUUGGUGUGUUGACGGUGAAGGAGAGAAAAUUGUGGGAACAGAAACACGUGCAGAGGAAAUGAACUGUAGUGAAGGAACGCAAUCAAAUCCAUGUGAUUCGGUGCAAUGUGAUUUUUAUGCGACCUGCGUUCCUCAGGAGAACGGCGAACACUUAUGUGAAUGUCCACAAUUCUGCACCCGUGAAUAUGAUCCUGUAUGUGCGUCAGAUGGCAAAACGUACAGCAAUAAGUGCAAUAUGAAAGUCAAAUCAUGUAACACCCAAAAGAAACUUAUAGUUGUAAAGUAUGGCCAAUGUGACAAAGCAAAGUCCAAAUGUGAAAAAGAAAGAGAUGCUAAAUCAAAUGGCACGUUGUUGAUUGGAAGUUUUGUACCACAGUGUGAAGAAGAUGGUAGCUACAGCAGAAAGCAAUGUCAUCCAUCCACAGGCUACUGUUGGUGUGUUGACGGUGAAGGAGAAAAAAUUGUGGGAACAGAAACACGUGCAGAGGAAAUGGACUGUAGUGAAGCCAAAGCGAAGUCAAAGUGUGAAACAGAAAGAGACGCUAAAUCAGUUGGCCUGCUUUUUUUGUUGGGAGUGUAUGUACCACAGUGUGAAGAAGAUGGCAGCUACAGCAGAAAGCAAUGUCAUCCAUCCACAGGCUACUGUUGGUGUGUUGACAGUGAAGGGGAUGAAAUUAAGGGAACAGAAACAGGUUCAAAAAAUCUGAACUGCAGUGAAGUCAAAGAGAAGUCAAAAUGUGAAGAAGAAAGAGACGCUGUAUUAUCCGACCCAGACUUGCUGGGUGCGUUUUUACCACAGUGUGAAGAAGAUGGUAGCUACAGUGACGUACAAUGUCAUCCAUCCACAGGCUACUGUUGGUGUGUUGACAGUGAAGGAGAGAAAAUUGCGGAAACUCUUACACGUGCAGGAGGCGUAAACUGUACUGAAGCAAAAGCGAAGUCAAAAUGUGAACAAGAACGAGACGCUAAAAGAAAAGGCCUACUGUUGUUGUUUGGAGUGUUUGUACCUCAGUGUGAAGAAGAUGGCAGCUACAGCAGUAAGCAAUGUAAUCCAUCCACAGGCUACUGUUGGUGUGUUGACGGUGAAGGAUAUAGUAUCGAGGGAACAAAAACACGAUCAAAAGACCUAAACUGUAGUGAAGGAUUCAAAUCAAAAUACCAGAAGAAACUGGACGAUUUCAAUGCUAACCUUUCUAAAAGUUGGAAACCGAGUUGCGAAAAAGACGGAAGCUUUAGUCCUAUACAAUGCCACGAAGGAAGUGGUUAUUGCUGGUGCGUAACUCGAAAAGGAGAGAAGAUUCCAGGCACUAAACGAAGAUUUGUAAAACCAAACUGCAGUAAUAUUGCAACGCAAUCAAAUCCAUGUGAUUCGGUGCAAUGUGAUUUUUAUGCAAGUUGCGUUCCUCAGGAGAACGGCGAACACUUAUGUGAAUGUCCACAAUUCUGCACCCUUGAAUAUAAUCCUGUAUGUGCGUCAGAUGGCAAGACGUACAGCAAUAAGUGCAAUAUGAAAGUCGAAUCAUGUAACACCCAAGAAAAACUUACAGUUGUAAAGUAUGGAGAAUGUGAUACAACAGUGGUGCCGCUCAGCGCAUGUGAUUCUGCUCCACCUUGUGAAUUUGGACGAUGUGUUGAUGUGAAUGGGACCGUGACGUGUGUCUGUGAUAAGGCAUGUCCGUUUAUUCACAGUCCCGUUUGUGGCGACGACAACGAAACGUAUCUUAAUCUCUGCGUUAUGAAGUUGAGAGCUUGUGAAGAAAAAAAGAUUAUAACAAUGCAGAAUAAAGGUCCUUGCGCAACGCAAUCAAAUCCAUGUGAUUCGGUGCAAUGUGAUUUUUAUGCGACCUGCGUUCCUCAGGAGAACGGCGAACACUUAUGUGAAUGUCCACAAUUCUGCACCCUUGAAUAUAAUCCUGUAUGUGCGUCAGAUGGCAAAACGUACAGCAAUAAGUGCAAUAUGAAAGUCGAAUCAUGUAACACCCAAGAAAACCUUACAGUUGUAAAGUAUGGCGAAUGCGAUACAACAGUGGUGCCCCUCAGCGCAUGUGUAUUUGCCCCACCUUGUGAAUUUGGACGAUGUGUUGAUGUGAAUGGGACCGCGACGUGUGUCUGUGAUAAGGCAUGUCCGCUCAUUUACCGUCCUGUUUGUGGCGACGACAACAAAAUGUAUCGUAAUCUCUGCGUUAUGAAGUCGAGAGCUUGUGAACAAAAAAAGAUUAUAACCAUUCAGAAUAAAGGUCCUUGCGAGGUGGACAUACUCAAGGCAACCAACAUUGACAUUUGUGGAAGCAAAAGCUGUGAUUUUAACGGAGUUUGCAAGGUCAUUGGGGGUGAAGCAAAAUGUGUAUGUGAUAUAGUGUGUACGAGAGAAUACAGACCUGUAUGUGGCACCGAUAACGUUACAUAUGGCAAUCGCUGUGAGAUGAAAAGAGCUGGUUGUGAAUUGAAGAAAGUCAUUGAAUUUAAAUACGAGGGAGAAUGCGUAACGCCAACAACCGUCGUAAAAACAAAUGCUACGACAACAGUGGCUCCAACCUCGAGAAGGAGUCUGCGUGAAUGCGCGAGAUGCCCUCAGUCUGGGAAAAAACUAGUUCUGAAGAGUUUUUGCGAAAAGCGGAACAAGUUUGCGAUCAUUGGUAAAAUUCUAAGCUUCCACGGUGACAACGUGUUAGUGAAUGUCGAAAAGCGAUUCAAGCCACGAUCCGAGUACACGAAGUUCACAAAGAACAAUGAAGUAUUGAUUCGCGUGCCAGAUUACACCAAAUGUCGCUGCAACAACACAGAACUUCAAGUGAACGGCAAAUACGUUUUCAUUGGACGCAAGACAAAAAGCAAAGAAUUCGUCAUCAACAAGAAAACUGGUUUCCUUCAGAAAGACUUCGCGCCUCUCGUACGGAAGUUAAACAGAAGAUCAAAGGAUUUGAAGUUCUGCCGAAGAAGAUUCCCUCGAUAGUUACAAUGGUUAAUGGACGGACAUUCUGCUUUUGUUGAAUAACAUAAUUUUCAAAUAAAUAAUAACUUCAUUUUCGAGCAAA